UUAUUUAUUUAUUUCAGUUUCCAUGCGACAGCCCAAUCAGGACGGCUCUGCUGUGGACAUGACGCCCAUCGAGGCAGACUUUACGUGGCACAAGAAGAAAACUGCACUAGAGAUGGAGAUCCAGGAAGCAUUUCUGCGCUUUAUGGCCUCUAUUUUAAAAGGCUACCGCUCCUACCUCAAACCAAUCACCACCGCCCCCUCGGAAAAAGCCACUGCUGCAGACUCGCUCUACGACUUACAAGGUUUCUUAAAAAGUCGAGACCGUGCCCAUCAGAAGUUCUACUCCCAGCUCACCAAAACCCAGAUCUUCAUCCGCUUUAUCGAGGAGUGCACCUUCGUCAGUGAUAAGGACACUGGCUUGGCCUUUUUUGACGAUUGUGUGGAGAAGCUUUUUCCUUCUGAUAAAAUCACCGACAAAGGCACCAAGGUUGAGGCAGAGUCUUCUGAGGACACGAAGUUGCUGGAGUUGGACGAGUCUCAGAAGAGUGAGCACACUGUGUUUGUAAUGCCUCCUGAGCCUCCAGCAGAAGACGGAUCUGAACCAGCUCAGAGAUACAUUUACAAAGGAUUCCCCAGGUUAAAUAUAGAUCUAUUUGACCGUCCCAGAGAGCUCCGGCCUGCACUCAGCACCAGAGCAGCCGGGGCCAGUCUGUCCAGCAGCCCUGCCCUCCUGGCCAAGAGGACCAAACAGGAAAUCAAAUUGGCUUAUAAGAUGGCAAAGCGUUUCUACUCAAACCCCCCGCUGUGGGCUCGCUGCCUGUUCAGUCAUUGCUACAGCCUGUGGUUCAUCUGUCUCCCAGCGGCUGUACGACUGUCCAAGUCCAAAAGCAGAGCUAUGCAGCAGGCCUACAAUGUGCUCCUAAAGAUGAGGACCACUGAGGUGGAGAUGCUGGAUGAGGUGUGUUACAGAGUAGUCAUGCAGCUCUGUGGGGUUUGGGGCCUCCCUGUGAUGGCCGUGCGUGUGCUGGUAGAGAUGAAGAAGGCUGGAGUACAUCCUAAUGCCAUCACAUACGGAUACUACAACAAGGCUGUUUUGGAAAGCCCAUGGCCAAGCAGAAACCGCAGUGGUCAGUUUAUGUGGACCAAGCUCCGAAACGUACUACGAGGAGUUGCCCAGUUCAAGCACUCUGUGGAUCUCACUUCAACCAAGAAGGGAACUACACUCAGCACUUCAGACGUUGUUAGCUCAACAAUCAGAGAUGCGGACCGGUUGAGCCAUGGCAGUGCGGACAGCUCCAGUGAAGUCAAUGGAGUAGACAAUGUUUUUGUUCAUAGUCACAGCUUGGAAGACACUGCAGACAACUGUAACACAGGUCAGCACUCUGAUCAAGGCUAUGGCUCUAAAGACGAGUUACAUCAAGAACUGGCCGAGUCAAAUACAGCUGUACUUUCCACUGAAGGAAUAAGCCAAGACAAAUCACAGCACACUGGAGGAGACAUUGCUGGCUCAGUGGACAGUGCAGUAGCAGUGAAUGAACCUCCCAGUCCCAAAGAUGUGAAUGCACCUGCUGCGAGUAUUGUCCGACUAUCCACUGGGAGUUUCGAUGGGGGCAGAGAAACAGGAAAACUGUUUAGGCGGCACAGUAAAUCAGACAGCGUAUCUCUCCCUGACGAUGACUCCUCCGAUGCUCAGGCCCAAAAGCAGAGACAAAAGACCUUCUCAGAACGCAGCUGUAGUUUCAGUGCAGAGACUAGAGCGGGGAUGCUUUUGGAGAAAGGCGUGGAUCACAUGGCCAGCCAGAUGGGAGCAGAUGCGCGAAUUCUGACUGCAGCACUCUCUACUGGCCAAAGCCCCCCACCGCACACUGUUUCAAAAGCGCUUUUUAAAGACCUAGAGGAGGAGCCAGAAGAUGAACAAGAGAAACAAGCAGAAGAUGCCGAAACAGAGAAAGACCAAGACAAUGGGAGUAAAGUUCAAGAGAAGAUUGAAGAGGGAGAAGAAAACAAGCAAAUACAAGACGAUGAUGCAGCUGGGCGUGCAGCAACUUUAGAGAGGGAAGAUGUCGAAGUUGGAGCUGAUCCGCUGUCACGACUAGUGUCUGAAAGUGAAGAAUCUGCCUCAGUAACAAGCCAGGAAAACCCACGCACCGUUCCUGUCAUCGUAUCUCGAAAUCUAGCUGAAGAGAUUGAGAUGUACAUGAGCCUACAAAGUCCUCUAACUGUAAAAUCUUCAAGUAUGGACCUACAGCAGCCGCCUAAGGACAGCAUAGACUCUCCACAGAGCAAACAGACUUUAGAGCGUAGGUCCAGUCUCCCAGUUCCUCAAGUCAAAACUCCCAGUGGGUCCCCAGGUGACACCCCAAAAAGGAGCCCCAACACUGUGACCAGAUCCAAGACUUUUGCCGUUAAGACAAAAACACCAUCCAGCACGACAGGAAGUCCCACCCCUCGUUCGGCCUCUCUAACUGCUCUGGUUAAGUCUUCACAAGGAGGCUCGCUGGGGUCUGUUAUCAACACAUUUUCAGGGAUAAAAAUGGAUACGCUUCUGUCUGGGCCCAAAAUGGAUGUUUUCAAAUCGAGCAUGAAGCAGGCGGCGACGGUAGCCAGCAAAGUGUGGGGAGCAGUGGCUUCAGCUUAUGCCUACUCAGACGAUGAGGACGAACAGGGGCACGCUGGGGGCUUCCCUGCUCACCUCGAUGAAAACAUGCUGUCUCCUCAUGAUGUGGAUGAAAGCCCCGAGCGAGGUCCUAUCCCGGGUCUGGUUUCUAAUGGUCUGAACCAGAGCAGCACGAGUCUGGGCAGCAGCAGUGGCAGCAGCGACACGGGCCGAGGAACACAGCAAACACAUCCAACUCCAGGUCGAGGCAGAGGACUUGACUCUGAUCAAGGUUCACACCAUGCAUCCUGCUCCAGCAUUUUCCAAAAUGUUGCUCUUGAGGUUCUUAUGUCCAGUUGCUCCCAGUGCCGUAGCUGCGAGGCUCUGGUUUAUGACGAGGAGAUCAUGGCAGGAUGGACCGCGGACGACUCCAAUCUCAACACCAACUGCCCCUUCUGUCGCACCGCCUUCCUACCUUUACUGCACAUAGAGUUUCAUGAUCUACGCACAUCCAGCUUUUACAUGAAUCCCAGUGCAUCUGCAGAGAGCAUCCAAAGCUCCAGCACACAGCCCACCACCAGCAGCACAGCGGACAUCAAGGCCCCGGACCUCAUGUCGUUUCCGGAGGACGAGUCUGAGGAGAGGCCUGGUGACAAGCCCGGGACCCACAAGAGUCUUGUCCCAGAGCCAGCACAGUCAGACCCCCUCGGUCUUCUGGAAAACAAGGCGCCACUGAAGCAGCCCAAGUGUAGCAGCACGUCCCUCACUCGCAGUAACAGUGUUGGGGGUCCGCUCCAGAGCCUUGACUCAUUUCAGAGACCUGGUCACGGUGUAUCCACAACCAGCCUCCCCUCCAGUCUGCAGGAAGUGUCGGAUGGUAUGGGAACAAAACGACCCAAUCCCAAACCUGUGUCUGUCCCAUAUCUGAGUCCGCUAGUUCUGCGGAAAGAGCUGGAAACAUUGUUGGAAAAUGAGGGAGAUCAGGUUAUCUACACACACAAAUUCCUGAGUCAACAUCCAAUCAUCUUCUGGAACCUGGUUUGGUAUUUCCGUCGGCUGGAUUUGCCCACUCACCUGCCCGGCCUCAUUCUUACCUCUGAACACUGCAACAAUGGAGUCCAGCUUCCAUUGACAUCACUAUCCCAGGACAGUAAACAAGUGUUUGUACAACUUCUUUGGGACAAUGUCAAUUUGCAUCAAGAACCAGGAGAUCCACUCUAUCUUCUGUGGAGAUCCUUUUUGGAGAAAAAGGGAACUCUGGCUCCAACUGAUCACCAAGAAAUCCGGACCCUCCUCAACACAAUUGUUCGCAACAUUCAAACCAAUGACGUGUAUGGCCCAAUCAAUCUGCUGCUCCGAGAAAUCAAGAGGCGCCCAGAAGGAGUCAAGCGGCAAAGGAGUGUCUAUAGAGAAAUCCUCUUUCUCUCACUGGUGGCUUUGGGGCGAGAAAACAUUGAUGUUGAGGCCUUUGACAGAGAGUACCGUUCAGCCUAUGAUGAGCUCAGCCCUGAACAGCUCAAAACAUUGCACCGAAUCGACCGACCACCCAGUCCCAGUGUCCAGUGGUGUCUCAAAUGCUUCGGAGCCCCAUUCAUCUAAACAAAGGAUUUAGAGAAAACUACGACACCUAAAUGGUACUAAACCCUUUUUGGACUUUAAGAGGAUGCCCAUUGUCUGCCUUUUUAAAAAUCUUCUGUUGUGGUUUUCCAAGCUACAAGUGGGACAGUUUUUUUGUCUUGGAAUGUAGCAGAAACUCUAUUGGGACUUCUGUCAUGUAUAUAUGGUUUGUAAAAAUUCAUUUUCAGAUAUACUCGCUGUCCUAAGGGUCCUCUUAAGUGUGUGUCCACCAUUUUAAAUUGUCAGAUUGGUGUGAAGCUGUGGACCUUGUAUAGACUCUUCUAGUUGUGCACUUUCUAAAACUUUCUUUGUACAUAUUUUUACUGGACGGAAAUUUAAACCAAGGUUGUCAGAACUGAACAACUUGUCUACUUGGUUUUCAUCUUAAUAUUUUUGAAGAAUGACACCUGGAUCUGUGUAAAUAUAUUUGCAGCACAAGAGAGCAAAGGACCUGGGACAAUCACAGUUUCUAUUAAUCCAGUAAUUAUAGACCAUUCCAGAUGUCUACAAGUCUUAAGCAUUGAUCGUUUUUUACAUAAUUGCACACUGACAAUGACUGAUUCUCUGAUCAAAUUCAUAAUAUUAAUGGCUCAUGUACUAUAACAAAUAGAAUGAUUUGGUCCUUUAAUGUCAGCCUAUCAAUAUCAUAGAAUUAAUGUACAUUUUGGCUUACAGUAACCCAUAGAAACCUUGGUAUGAUGUUUAAAGAAUUUAGUACUUAAACUGUUUGACAUUCCAUUAAUACUAAAUGUAAUACAAGGACACAGACAAAAGCUGCAUAUGUGGGGAGAUUGGUCUUAUGUUUUAAAUAUGGGAUAGAAACACUGACCUGUACAGAUGAAGUCUUGUAAAAUGUAAAAUGUCAGAGUCCUCUGUGGCUAGAAUCUAGACCACAUCAGAAUUAUCAAUAUACUUCUUUCUCAUCCAAAACCUAAAAAAAUCUAUUUAUUUUUGUAUUGUUGAUAUUUGAAUGGCAGACAUUGUCAAUUUAGAUUUUUGCUUUUAGAUUUUUAUUUUAUGUUCUCACUUUUCUUUUUAACAUUUUUAAGGGAUGCCACCCUGUAGCCUACUGCCUCUUUUUGGGAGAGGAUGUACAGAAAUCUGUUGUGUAACAAUAACUCGAGUGGUUUCUUACCGUCCUGUGGAGAGAAAUUGACAGUCUACAAGUGCGCUGCAAUAAAUUUAUUUGUUGAGUUA